AUGGCGUACAACCGCCCGCCUUUAAAUUCCCCAGAGGAAGACGAGGAAUUCAAUAUCUCGCCUAUCCGGCUGCCCAACCCACCCCAGGUGACCAAUGUGUUUAACACCAGCGGGUAUGAACACUUGGAUCUCGGCAAUGGAGACGACGACUCCAUCCACGAGGAGGCCAGCUCUCCGUCCAACACAAUCAACAGCCUGGGCAUCUUCCCAGAUCAAAGAGCCAGGGCCGUCAGAGUCCGCAGGGUGUCUGGCGUAGACAAGUCCCCCGACGUCACGUCCUCUUCGGAAGCGGCCUCGCCGGAUUCCGGCAAAGGCCUGCUCGACUCUCCGGCAAGCUCGAACGGGAGGUCACCGGGGGGGUCUCCGUGGGCGGGUCAUAGAUCGACGAGCAUGUUCGAAAGACUCAUGUCUAAAAAGGUCAACGAGGAGACGGCUUCGCUGAGACAGAAUGCGAGUCCUUUUGCAUAUUCUCCGGCCCCGAAUACGCCCAUGGGUAUCCUCCAUAAAAGCCCUUCAACGGACAUGGAGUCUGGGAAAGAGGAUUACGACACUGAAGCAUUUAACAAGAGAUUUAGCGCACCCCCAAGAUACUGCAGGGCCCAAACGGACAUUUGGCAUAAGAGAAAAAACCUACUGAUGAUGCUUGCCGCUGUGUAUUCCCUAGUUAUGGGUAGCAUCUUAUUUGCCAUAUCUAUUCGGCAACCUGCCGUGUCUGCCAUUGGCCUGGUCGGCCCGAAGAUUUCUACGGCAAUAACCUUCGUUUCGUUUGUAGGAAAGACGGUCGAAAUCUCCUUUGCCGUCGCGUUUGUAUUUUGCCUCGGCCAAGCGCUAAGCAGGCGAUCCGUCUCCCGCAUGACCAAGGGCGUCACGCUUGCCGAGAUGGACAUGAAGAGUUGGAUCAACUCUCCAGGCACAAUGGCCUUCCAGUACAAGUCGACGUGGUUCUCGAUACGGUCCCUGCUUGGAUUUCUGACCCUCGUCGCGACGCUCGGGGUGCUCUUCUACACGACGGCAAUCUCCACCAUGGUUGCUCCCAAGCUGAAGCAAAUGCCCGUCCAGUCCAAAACCCUAAAAGGCGAAGUGUACACCUCGUACGGGAAUAUGUCCUACGGCAUGACGAAAUGCCCGAUUCUCUAUGGGAAGGACGACCCCGAUGGCAAGGACGGCUGGGGGUGUACGAGUAUAGAGUUUUGCGGCCAGUCGUACACGGAUUUGCUGGGCUUUAUGCAGCGCUGGCUGGACUUUAAGAAGCUUGCUCGGCCGUUGGCCAAGCGGCCGACGCCGUCGAGUUUGCUGAACGGGAAUAAGACCAUGGAAACGGCGUGGAUCGAGACGCAGCACCGCAACGUGACGGCCAACUUUGCGAAAUACGGCCGCAUUAUUGACAAUGUCACCAUGGCUAUGCCGCACCCUGGCGUUCUCAGUGCGGCCGAGCUGCAGAGGAAUCAAAUGCCGCGCCUGCAGGACGGCUUUGUCGGAGACGUGGCCAUUAAUGCCAGUGUCGUGUCGCCCACUGUCAACGUCAUGUGUGUCAAUAUGAAGAAGGAGGAAAUCGCACCCUUGGUCUACAUGUCGUGGCCAAAUAGUAAGAAAGAUUACAAACUAGUGAAAGGGUACGUGGUGCCAGCGGAUGGCUUUAGAGCCGACUACCCUCCUUGGGGUGAGGCUGGAAAGAAGGACAAUGUUCCAAACAAAACCGUGGUAGACGAUUUAUUCAAAUGGGGUCCCAAGUACGGACGAACGCCACCCAUACUGUCGACGUUUCCGCCGGUCAUGAAUAUGGUGUCAAACAUGUCCAUCAAUGGGUCCGGAAGCGUUUACAUUCUCAUCAAAAGCCUAGACAUUGAAGACUACACUCUUUGUGAGGCACAAUCGUGGCUGUCAGAUGUUUGCUCGACUCAGAUUCUCAUCUCCGGCACGCAUGGCGCUUCCUUGAAAGCCAUGUGCGAGAACCCCAACGACGAAACUGCCUACAACCGCAUCCAUCCACCAUCCAAGGACCCCCCUACACUACAACUAGGUUGGACCGAUGUGGCCCAAAACUGGUCCACGUCCAUGGACGUCAACGGCGGGCUUCGCGUAAACAACGGCUCCAACGCCCGAACCCUCUCACAGCUCAUCCUCAAAGAAGCCAAGAUUGACCCGCACUUUCCCACCAUUGCCGAAGCCCUGUCCGCGUAUCUCGCCUCGACCGUCGUCAUGAGCGCCAUCGACUCGCCCUUCCACCACGGCUGGGACCAUCCCACCAAGAUGCUCGACGCUGCCGCCACGCAAGAGUUCCAAGCCAAGCUCCAAACAACAGAGUACGCCGCCGGCCACACCCUGCCAUGGCAGAAGGCCUGGUACAUUGUGCUCUUCAUCGUGCCGGCGCUCAGCCUGUUCUGCAUCCUGUACAUGCUCCUCAACGGCGGGGUCAUCACCGACUUCACCGAGCCAAAGACCCUGUUUGCCCUGGCGCUGAAUAGUCCCCCCAGUGCCCAGAUCCAGGGGAGCUGCGGGAGCGGCCCGGUGGGCAGGGACCUCGUCGUCCCCUGGAGGGUGUCGUACGAGCCGGAGCUGCAGCAUUACUUUUUUGAAGAGGCCAACAAUAAGCCGUGGAGGGGGAGGUAUUCCAGGGAGGAAUUGCAUAUUCCGGGGCCGGGGGAAGAGUAUCUUGGCGCGAAUUAUAAUAGGUUAAGUGCUAGUAGAUUAAAGUUGUAG